AUGGAUCAAGAUACACACCACGACCCGGUCGAGCCUGACUCCGACACGGACGGGUCCUCAUUAUUCUCUGACUCACUUGACAACGCCAGUUACACCACAAGCGUGACAUCGAGCGUGCUAGACUAUCAAUAUGAAAACGGUCGCAGAUACCAUUCGUACCAUGAAGGAGAAUACAUUCUGAGCCACCACAUUUACUUAAUGCUCCUCAAAGGAGAACUGUUCAAAGCACCAGUCCAAAAUCCAAAGCGAGUAUUAGAUCUCGGCACAGGAACAGGUUUAUGGGCAAUCGAGUACGCAGAUACAAACCCAAACUCACAGGUGAUUGGAAUUGACCUAAGUGCUAUUCAGCCAUCAUGGGUGCCUCCAAACUGCCGCUUCGAGAUUGACGACUUUGAACAACCAUGGUCAUACAGCAAACCAUUUGACUAUAUCCAUGGGCGCGAAUUGGAAGGUUCCAUCCGUGACCAUGACCUUCUCUUCAAACAGGCACUUGACAACCUGAAUCCCAAUGGAUGGCUUGAAAUGGCGAGCUUCGACGUCAACACCUAUUCGGACGACGGAACUCACCUCAAGGCAACCAACUUUAUGUUAUCCAUUAAGCACAUGCACGAAUCAUCGCGCAUGUUUGGCAAGGACAUGACAUCUUCACCAUCCUGGAAAGAGCGGAUGGAGAAGGCCGGGUUUGUGAAUGUCCGAGAAGAUAUCUACAAGUUGCCCCAAAACCCCUGGCCCAAAGACCCCAAGCUCAAGGAGCUUGGUCGGUACCAUCAGCUCAAUAUGCUUGAAGCUAUGCCUAUUUACACCUAUGCAUUGUUUUCAAGAGUGCUUGGGUGGACCCGCUCCGAGAUUGAAGGGCUGUUGGCAGGAAUUCGAAUGGAGCUGCGGGAUACAUCGUAUCACCUCUACACGAAAUUGCGAGUGGUUUACGGCCAGAAACCCGGAGGACCUGUGACUGCCUAA